UUAUGCCCAUAAAUUCGUACAUAUAAUUUGCACGUAAUAAUUUUAGUUAGCAAUAGGUUAUGAUCAUAGCAAUUCAAAGUUUGAACAGCCAAUGAAGAUGUCAGUUGACGUCUUUGGGCUAUUGCUGAUAUAGUCAUCAUGACUCUUGUUAAUGGUACAUCGAAUAAACAAUUACAAAGGGUUGUUCUGUUGCUUGCUGUCGGAACAUUAUUUUCGAUUUUUGUGUUCCUGUUGAACCCAUUUGGAAAAUACCAGUUAGUAUGGAAAUACGAUGAUAAAGCUUCGGAAAAGAUUGCAAAUAUCCGAAUCAGAGGAAAAAGCAGCACAGAAUUCAGUGAAAAUAUCAACUCAACUACGGACUUACAAUUUAGUACGGUUAAAUUUACAGAGAAUCACCACACAACCACGCCGGCAAACAAAUUAGACUACGAUGCACUUGAAAAAACGGCAUUAAAAAAAUUGAAGGAGUCCACUAAUAAAAAGGUUAUAAUAGUUUGGUACAAGACUGGAAUAGGGGGUGGUCAACCACAAGUUAACAGAGAUGAAUGUGGAAAUUGCGAAUUCACGCGGAACCGGACAAUGAUAUCGAACAACGCAACAGCUGCGUUAGUAUUCUACUAUAAAGAUAUAUCAGUCAGCACCAUGCCACCGAUUUCAGAAAGAAAUCCGAAUCACAUGUAUGUAUUUUGGAAUAAAGAACCGACGCCACUCAUGAGAUACGUCCAUCGUAAAGAAUUAGAUUUUGAGGAAAAUUAUCAAUUCAACGCUACUAUGACAUAUAGAAGAGACUCGGAUUUUUACAACUCUUAUCGAUAUCAUUGGAUAAGAGCAGCAAUUAGAAGCCGGAUAAGUGCCCAGGAUAUUUUGAAAAUGAAGAAUAAAUCAAGUAUUGCAAUAUUAUCAGAUUGUGAUUGGACUGCUGGGGCAAGAUUGCGAUACAAGAUGCUGCUGAAGAUCAAAAGUACUGGAUAUCCGAUGGAUGGAUUUGGGAAAUGCUUCCACGAAGGAGGAAAAUUCCCGUUGGGAGACAAACAACUUGUGGAGAAAGUCCGCAAUUAUAAAUUUUAUUUUGCCUUUGAAAAUUCUUACCACUGUACGGACUACAUUACCGAGAAGUUUUUUCGAAAUGCACUUUACGCAGGAGCUGUGCCUGUGGUUAUGGGAUCUAAAAAGGAACAUUAUGAAGCUAUUUCGCCCCCAGGAUCCUUUAUAUUUUUGGAAGAUUUCAAAUCCGUGGAACAUCUUAUUGAAUAUUUGCAACACCUUGAGAAAAACGACGAAGAGUAUUUGGCAUAUUUCAGAUGGAGAAUGGGAAGCGAAAAUGAAGCAAUGCCAUACGAUCGAAGGAAACCGUUCUUUUGUCAAUUGUGUCGCACCCUGCACGGUGUCAACGUAGAUGAUGUUUAUAAUCCAAAAUACAAUUUUGAGAAUCCAAAGUAUCCUAUUUUCACAAAUUACACGCCAAGGAGGACAAUCAAAUCUUUGAAAUAUUAUCUAUUUGAAGACGAAGAUCCUUACUGUAUGGAAAAAAAUGAAACGUUCCUUCCAAUUUAUACAAAAUAUAAUAUUACAUAGUAAGUCGUUCAAUCGUAGAGAGGGAAUUACAUCUCACUCAAUUUAUCUUUAUGCAUUAGCAGCGUGAUAGGAUUUAUACUAUGUAUAAACGUAAGAUGUUAUU